AGUCCAUAAAGGGAGAUUCAUUGUUAUGGAUUAAAACAUCACAAAGUAUUUUAAACGGUUACAAUACAGUCCAAUCCAACAGUACAUUAACAUAAGUCUGGAUAAUGAAAACUUUGACCUCUUGUGCCUUUACUGAAGUAAAAUGUACUUUAGUUGUGGUACAGUGUAUAUUAUUUGUUAUUUAAUUUCCUCCAAUAAUGUUAAGGUUACUUGAGCACAGUAUUUCAAUUUUAUGUUUCUUUAUAAACUUUCGUUCCUUUAAAUGUCAGAGCUUAAAGUUUGACUCUUGCAUUUAAUUAACAGAAAUAACAGUACAGUUACAUUUGACUUCUAAUAUACUUUUACUUACUCUUAUAUUAAAUACACCAUUCUUUGUCCUUCUUUUCGGGGUCACGUGACGGGAAGCAGCUGCUUCGUGGGCGGAGCCUCAGCUGUGCAGAGCCCGCCACCUUUCUGACAUCAGUUCCCGCCACAACUUUAAACAACAAGGAGACGUUCCCUCUGCAGCGCGUGCGUCCAGGACGUCUCUCGCUCUCUCUCUCUCUCUCUCUCCAUGGCUCUGGACCCCAAGAGGCCGCGGGCCGCCCCGGCGGAGAGGAACAUCCGCCGGAUAUCCAUCGAGGGGAACAUCGCGGCGGGAAAGUCCACGUUCGUGCGGCUGUUGGCGCAGCAGCGCGCGGGCUGGGAGGUGGUGCCCGAGCCCAUCGCCAGGUGGUGCAACGUCCAGACGAAGGGCGGCGACUUCGAGGAGCUGACCACGUCUCAGAGGAGUGGAGGCAACGUGCUGCAGAUGAUGUACCGGCAGCCGGAGCGCUGGGCCUACACCUUCCAGAGCUACGCCUGCAUCAGCCGGCUGCGGGCGCAGAUGAGCUCGGCCAAUGGGAGUCUCCGAGAGAAGGAGGACCCCGUGCAGUUCUUCGAGCGGUCCAUCUACAGCGACCGGUACAUCUUUGCAGCCAACCUGUACGAGAGCGAGUGCCUGAAUGAAACGGAGUGGUCCAUCUACGAGGACUGUCACGGCUGGCUGCACAGCCAGUUCGGGAAGCAGCUGCAGCUGGACGGCAUCAUCUACCUGCGCGCGCCGCCCGAGAGGUGUCUGGAGCGGCUGCACCUGAGGGGCCGGCAGGAGGAGCAGGACAUCCCUCUGGAGUACCUGGAGAAGCUCCACUUCAAGCACGAGAGCUGGCUGCAGCACAAGACCAUGAAGAUGGAGUUCGAGUACCUGAAGGACGUUCCGGUCUUGACCAUCGAGGCUGACGAAGACUUCCAGGGGAACGAGAGCAAGAGCAACGACAUGAUGGAGAAGGAGCAGACGUCUCUCCUGUUGCAGCCGACACGUUCAGAAGGAAACGGCAGCAGCUCGAGCGCUUUAGAAACCGGUUCAGGGGGUUAGGCAUGGACACACACACACACACACUCACACACACUCACACUCACACACACACACACACACACACACACACACUCUAGUCUCCAGGUCUCUGGUCUCCAGGUGUGUCCUCCACCCGGCUUCCUGAAUCAACGUGUUUUUCCUGUUGUAAACGGAGAAGGAAGCUGACUGCUGCUUCUG